AUGGGGAGUCCAGGCUGUGAACGCAUGGGCUUCACCGCACCCUCGCCACUCUACAUCAGUCAUCCCCACACUGACACCAGGAUGGCCUGGCUGGACAAGACAGAGGAUAUAAAACCACCCCGCAGUUUGUUAGGAAUCCCCGAGCUCGGCUGGCCUGGGGUCUAUCUCCCCUGUUAUGACAGAUUAACUAUAGAGGAGAACCCCUGGGUGCUGAAGAUGACACAGUCCCCUGUUCCUGCUGCUCCUACCACCAGGACUCCAGAGCCAAGCCCGCCUGUGCCCAGCCAACCCCAGGAACCCCCCUGUGAGAUGCAGGGUCAAGUGGAGGAGCGUUGUCUGGAGCAGGUCCAGUCUAUGGUGGUGGGAGAAGUGCUGAAGGAUGUCGACACGGCUUGCAGGCUACUCAACAUUGCAUCAGACCCCUUAGACUGGAGCUGUGUGCAUGUUCAGAAGUGGCUGCUGUGGACUGAGCACCUGUACAAGCUGCCGCAGGUCAGCACAAUGUUUCAGGAACUGAGUGGGAGGGAUCUGUGCUCCAUGUCAGAAGCAGACUUCAGACAACGCUCUUCGCAGUUUGGAGACAUGCUGUAUGCACAUUUGGACAUCUGGAGAUCUGCUGCAUCAAUGAAGGACCGCUCCCCACCAGAGGAUGGAAAAUCUGCAGCUGAUGAUGAUUCCUGGUCAGAAGUGAUGUGUAAAUACCCCACCCAGCCCAUCCACCUGUGGCAGUUCCUCCGAGAGCUGCUCCUCAAGCCUCAUAAUUACAGCCGCUGCAUCCGCUGGCUCAACAAAGAGAAAGGAAUUUUCAAAAUAGAAGACUCAGCUCACGUGGCCAGGCUAUGGGGCAUCAGGAAGAACCGCCCGGCCAUGAACUAUGACAAAUUGAGUCGCUCUAUACGUCAGUACUACAAGAAGGGCAUCAUCAGAAAGCCUGACGUAUCACGCAGGCUGGUCUACCAGUUUGUCAACCCUGUAUGA